GCUCAGUGAGCCCCGUCGCAAUGAAACUGUCCGGCGCUUCCUCAUCACCAUCACUCCUCAAAGUUUGCUGCUCGUUUCAUUCGCUCUGACCAUGAAGAGACAAAACAUCAGGACCCUCGUGUUAAUCAUCUGCACUUUCACUUAUCUGCUCGUCGGGGCGGCUGUUUUUGACGCUUUAGAGUCCAAGAUGGAGAUCACCCAAAAGAAAGUCCUGGACGAUCGGAAGCGAGAGCUGAUGGACAAGUAUAACUUGAGCAGGCUGCAUUUCGACGAGCUGGAGCGGGUCGUGCUGCAGCUGAAGCCGCACAAGGCUGGAGUCCAGUGGAGGUUCUCUGGCUCCUUUUACUUCGCCAUCACGGUCAUCACCACUAUAGGAUAUGGUCAUGCGGCCCCCAGCACGGAUGGUGGGAAGGUGUUCUGCAUGUUCUACGCCCUCCUGGGGAUCCCCCUCACCCUGGUGAUGUUCCAGAGUCUGGGUGAACGCAUCAACACCUUCGUCAAGUACCUCUUGCACCGUCUCAAAAAGUGUCUUGGCCUUCGGAACACAGAGGUCUCGAUGGCCAACAUGGUGUGCAUUGGCUUGAUUUCCUGCAUGAGCACCUUGUGUGUAGGAGCAGCGGCUUUCUCCCGCUAUGAGGACUGGAGCUUCUUCCAUGCAUAUUAUUACUGCUUCAUAACCCUCACCACCAUUGGUUUUGGGGACUAUGUAGCCCUGCAGAAAGAUAAUGCGUUACAAACCAACCCCCAAUACGUCGCGUUUAGCUUCAUGUAUAUCCUCACGGGACUCACGGUCAUCGGCGCCUUCCUGAACCUGGUGGUUCUGCGUUUCAUGACCAUGAAUGCUGAGGAUGAACGGCGCGAUGCCGAACAGCGUACGCUGCUGUCCCGAAACAGGCAGACCGGCGGCACUGGAACCAACCAUUGCAUGUCCGACCCGCCGUCUUCAUCCACUGCGGGCCACGGAGGAGGGUCCGGGAAAGGGUUGUGUAAUGUCUACGCCGAAGUGCUGCAUUUCCAGUCUAUGUGCUCUUGUCUCUGGUACAAAAGCCAGGAGAAGAUGCGCUACUCAAUUCCCAUGAUUAUCUCUCACGAUCUGUCCACUUCAGACACCUACAUGGAGCACAGCGAGACCUCCGAUGCCCUCCACUCCAACGGCUGCGUGUGCAGUGCCUUGCAGGAGCACUUGGCCACCAGUUCAGUGUACACGGGCCUCCUCUGCCCAGCACAUUACCAAAGACUCUCCAAACGCCGCAGCUCCAUCUAGAGGGCCGGAGGAUGUAUUGCAUGUGAAUCUCUUUCGCCUUACAAAACCAACCACUGUUAUACUUGGGGUUGAAAAAAAAACGCUGCUUCUAAGCUGCUCGGAUCCUCUGUCAGUCAAAUAUAUAUAUGUAAUGUAGCGAUAGAUGGGGGACAGGUGCUGCUUGAGGACCGGGGACGUAGCAGCGUGCAAUAAAAACAGGGUAACGGCCUGUAUCAUUUGAGGUACACUUUCAGGAUUUUGAGAAAAGACAAAACACAAACUGCUUGCUCUUCACUGAGCUCAAGGGUAAAUGCAGGUCCUUCAAAACCAACAAGUCCCAAAGUGUCAGGCUCUUCUGGUUUUGAGCUGAAUAGAUCGUUUUUGUGAUGCAACUGUUUCUACAGUGAAUACUUUAUUAUCUUUGCAGGAUUUAGGAAGUAAUAGUAAUUAGUAAAGUAAAUAGUAAACUAUUAUUUUAUAUGAGAUCUUUGCUAAUGAUUAGUAUAAACCUUGGUCAGGGAGUGCCAUAUUGAAUUUCUGAUAGGAGCCGAGUGCUGCAGUGAUGUUGUAUUUUUGUAGGCCAACCCGAAGCUUAGCUCGUUCCCUCAAAGUUUUGUUCAUCAUAAUAAUCUUCGUAAAUUAAAACAACUUUUAUGAAUUUUGAAGCAUAAAUUCCAUCGCCAGAACUUAAAAGCUAAACAUAGGCUAUAAAUACUGAACUAAAUACUCAUAAAGGGGUCAUAUGAUGCAAGUUUUUGGAGUGUAACAAGCUGUUCAUGCAUAGAUGAGAUCCCUAAAGUUGCAAAGACUAAAGUCUCAAACCAAAAGAGAUAUUCUUUAUAAAAGUUAAGACUCUUCCACGCCCCCCUAAAACACCUCGUUUUAAACACGCCCCCACAUGUCUACAUCAUUGUGUGGGAAGAAAUGCAUAACGCUGCCCAAAUGUUCACGCAAAGAAAGAAGCGUAACUUUGAGUCUCACUGUAAUAUUGUUGCUGCUGCCGUCACAUCGUGGAGACGCUGUUUUUCGAUGUGGUCACAACACUAGAAAUUAGUGGUUAAAGGGGGGUGAAAUGCUAUUUCAUGCAUACUGAGUUUUUUACACUGUUAAAGAGUUGGAUUCCCAUGCUAAACAUGGACAAAGUUUCAAAAAUUAAUUUGUACGUUUGAAAGAGUAUUUUUGUUCCGAAAAUACUCCUUCCGGUUUGUCACAAGUUUCAGAAAGUUUUUUUCGAGUAUGGCUCUGUGUGACGUUAGAUGGAGCGGAAUUUCCUUAUAUGGGUCCUAAGGCACUUCUGCCGGAAGAGCGCGCGCUCCCGUAUAGCAGAGCACUGAGAGGCUGAGCACAGACAUUUCACUGAUCAGAGCGAGAGCAUCGCGAAAAGUCACAAAAGAAGUGUGUUUUUGGUUGCCAGGGCAAGACAACCCUGCACAGAUUACCAAAAAAAAAAAAAAAAACAGCAUUAGGGGACCAGUGGAUGGAGUUUAUUUUUACAGAGCAUCAACAGAGUUGUGCAAGUGUUUUUGUUUGUUCCCUGCAUUUCGAAGUUGCUUGUUUUACAAACAAGGCCCAGUUUGAUGCCGGGUUUGCACAUUGUUUAUUUCUUAAGGAUAAUGCAGUCACAACGAAAAAGGGUCACGAUCAUGUGUUGGAACCGCAGGCGGUGAGUAAAACUGCUUCAAAUAUCUCUGUGUUGUUAACUUAGCUAUCAGCGCGUAAGCACAUCAAGUAAACAACAUGCGAUGUUGUCAUCAAACUGCACUUUCCACAUGUACAGCUUUAAAAAAAAAAAAAAAAAGACGACAUAAAGUGGAACUUAGUCAUUUUCCAAAACCACUAAGCAAAUAUAUACAGUUUUAGUACAUACCACAUAGAGACGUCAUUUGCUGAUGCUGCUCUUGUUAAAUUUCAGCCUCUGGAUCUGUGUCACAGCUUCCAAACGCUCUCAACGCAAAAGUCUACUGGCGCUCGUGAUUCUUUAGCUCCGCCCACACGCCACGCCUCCAGCCUGUCGUGUUUUUCCGGGAAAAAUCGGUACAGACUAUCUUUCUCUUAUGAAUAUAAUAAAACUAAAGACUUUUUGGAGUUAUGAAGGGUGCAGUACUACUCUAUAGGUACUCAAGAUUAACAGGAUAUUGAGUGAAAACGAGCAUUUCACCCCCCCUUUAAGUUGAAUUUACAACACUGUUCUAGAACAGUUCAACCCAAAUAUACUGAUAUGUGCAGUGCAUUUUAAUGAAGGCCUGUAUGCUGAUCCUGGUUCUGCACAAAAGCCGUUUCUAUAAAGAGGUGCAAUUCCAACUUUGCAAGGACAGUCUGGCGCUUCUGAAUUAUAGUCUGUAAGUACGUUUUCAUAUUUAAAGGAUUUGCCACUGAUGAUUCAAACAAGAGUUUUGAUCAGUACAGAGUAGUGCUUGUUGUUUGUCGUUUCUCCAAUUAUAAAAUGCCGGUUUUAUGUUUACGUGGCGCAAUAUGCAACGCAAGGCAUAAAAAUACAGUAUAAGUAAUUAUAAUCAGUAAUUAUGUCCCCACUGGAAGCAACCAAUGCUUCGUUUGUAAUGGGUUUUGUUGGUGCUGUCUCGUCGCGCCGGGACACAUGGCAUCACAGUAUGUUAAGGGGCAUAACAUUUCUGUCACACGCUUGAGGCACUCAGCCAAUCAUGGAUGCUGGAUAGCUGGCCAAUGGAUAGCACUGAAUAGUUAGCCAAUCAGAGCACACAUCGCUUCUCAGAAAGGCGAGGCAUAGAGGAGAAACAAUAAUGUUUUUUGAACCUUUAACAACAUAAACAUUGCAUUACACCAAAUUUACAAAGUUAUGUCAUUUUUAGCGACGUGAUAUGGCCUCUUUGAAAGCUUGAAUCAAAAUAGUUUAGAAGAGUGCAAUUAUAAACACAACAAAGCUGUGAAACGUGUCUAAUAAGUAACUUCUGCAAUGCCAUUUAGUCACUUGUUACUACAGAUGUAGUUUAUGUCAUAGUCUAAAAUGUGAAAACAUCUUGAGCUUGUGUAAACCACGCACCUUAUUUCAGACAUUUAAUCAAAAAACCCGUUCAUAAAACAUUUUGUCUUCAGAACCAUGGAACCGUUUGCAGGUUUAAGACUACGAUGUAUGUCAUCUCUGCAGCACUCAGUGAAAACAAGGCUUUGAGGGAUAGAAGUGCAUUCAAAGGAUUGCAUCGCUGUUGAACAACAUGCCGAUUGGAAAAAAUUUGAGGAGCUUUAUAAAUUUGCAAAGACUGCAAGUAUAUUCCUUAUAGCCUUUUUUUUUUUUUUAUCCAUGUAAAAUUAAAUAUGGGAUCUAACCUGACUAAGAGCUAUAUGAUUUUGUUUUGUUCCACACUCAAACUCACAUUCACAAUGAGUUGUAUUGUUCAUUUAUCUUUUCUGUUUUAUAUCCACUAUUAUUUUAACCCGUCACUAUGUUUGUCUGAAUAAUUAUUUGUUUGCAUUAUUGUAGCUAUUGUAUCAUCUAUGUUUUAAAAUAAUAUUGGAUUAUAUAAUUGAAUAGGAUUAUAUUGUAUUUGAAGUUGCACUUUAGAUGAAAAUUAUAAGCAUUAGCGCUGUAGCCAAGAGUGCACAGAUGAUCUUUUAAGUUCGAUGUGAAAUCUGAGUGGACCCGAUAUACUUUCUUCUGCUCUUAUAGUGCACAAAUCAUCACGUUAUUCCAAACGGAUGAAAAUGUUUGUUUUUGCAAUCUUUUAUUUACAAUUUAGAAAAUAAUUUUAAUCAAGCCAAGCCAAUUUUU